AUGACCAUGGCUUGUGGCGUUGUUAAAGAGCAAAAGAAUAACCUAUAUUUCCUUUCACCUUUAGGUUCAUCGAAAAUUGAUCUUGUGUUCGUGUUGGAUAAGUCAGGGAGCAUUGGAAGCUCUAACUUUAAUCUGGAGAAACGUUUCGUGAAAGCACUUGUUGAAUAUUACCCAAUCUUCCCCUCCAAAACACGCGUUGCAAUAGUGACUUACUCCACUGCAGUUCAUCUUGAGUUCAAUUUCAAUCGUCAUCCAUAUAAGAGAUGCUUGAGACCAGCUGUAGGAAAGAUACGCUACACUGCUGGAUGGACUGCCACGGGUAAAGCUCUGGACUACGUACGGACAAAUCUUAUCUUUAAUCCGACCGCUGGAGCAAGGACUGGUGCCAAGAAGUUGAUCUUCAUUUUAACGGACGGACGGUCGAACCGUGGAGUAAGACCAUCAAUACCGGCAGGAUUGUUGAAAAGAGCUGGCGUGACAAUUUUUGCGUUUGGAAUAACGCGAAGUAUUCGCGAGGCAGAGCUAAAAUCAAUAGCUUCAUCAAAGAAACACGUGUUCCAUAUCGCCAAUUAUAAAGCUUUAAAUCGAGUUACGAAAUUAAUUAACGUUGAUAUUUCACGAAAAUGUAGAAAUGGGAGAAUAGUUUACGACGAAUGUGGCAGAAAAUGCCGCUGUGUGAACGGUAAACUUAUGUCCUGUUGUCGUCAACGUAAAGAAUUUACAGACAUGAGUUACAGUGAACGCGUCCGUUAUAUCAACACUGUUAAGAUUGCUUCAACAAACCCAGCUUAUAAAACGCAAUAUGAGAGCCUUCUCACACUGCAUAGAACAAUAUUCUCUACACCAAUACAUGACAGAGAUUACUUUCUUCCUUGGCAUCGAUGGUUCAUCCUUCAAUAUGAAAAUUUGCUACGUCAGAUAGAUUGCCGCAUCACUGUGCCUUACUGGGACUGGAGUCUGGUCGGGGGGAGCCCUUUUACUAGUUCUGUUUGGAGCGCUGGCCCGGGUGGAUUGGGAGGAAAUGGAGUACCAGGGGGGAGUUGUGUUAACACAGGACCAUUUCGUAGUCAAGUGUGGUCGCUUCCAGGUUCUAAUGGUUGUUUGAGGAGAAAUUUUGCAGGCACAGCUCCUGAUGAGAUCGCUGUUCAGAAUCUUUUGUCAACAAGUUCUUCAAACUUCGUGGAUUUUGAAUAUAUGUUACGAGUGCAAUUUCAUGAUUUGGUACAUUGUAUCAUCGAUGGUACAAUGUGUACAAGAAACUCGGCCUAUGCUCCUGAGUUUUUUCUGCAUCAUGGUUUUAUUGAUAAGAUAUGGUGGGAUUGGCAAAAACAAAGCAAUGCUCACAAAUUCAAUACAUACUUCUUAACUCAACAAGGCCUGAUGACUGCAACACCACUUCGCUCUCGAGACAUGCUCGACCUCAACAGACAACCUGGUUGUGUGUGUGCUGAAUAUGUGGAUCCAAAUAAAUGGGAAUAUAGAUCCAUUAAAGCUAUGUCUGUCAAGGAACGACAGAAAAUACCUCGUUUACGUCUGCCCCGGUUAUCAAGGAAAGCGGCAAAACUUUUUAGAACAAAACUCUCAGUAUUAAAACGCAUUGGCAUACUACGCAGAAAACUUCAACCAAUCAAGAUUAUUAACAAGAGCAGUUUAAAAGGAGCUAGUGCCAAACAUGGUUUUGUAUUGCGACGACCAGGAACUCGUAAAGGCAAAAGAUCCUCCGGCUUUUUAGAAGAGCAAGGACAGCCUUGAUUAAACCUUGGAUGAAACAAAACAGCUCUUUAACCACUUCUUUGUAGCAUAAAGUAGUCAAUAGUGUGAUAAAUAAGAAAAAAAGUCGAUUAAAAAGUGUUCAAGAUUGAAUUCUUAGUAAAACUAAA